AUGGCUCUCCUUCUCGCUCCCAUUGUCGAGGCAUACCGACUCAUCCUCCAGCCGGUGGCCCCAUUCAGUUGGUUCGGCCUGCAACUCAGCUCGCUCGACGUCGUCGCCGCAUUCCGUCUGUGCAUCGCGCUCCGCCAGAUUCGCGAGAAGCUCUGGCGCGACCAUGUCCUCAAGCAGAAGACGAUCAGUGCGGACGAGAAGGGCAAGAGCGUCGCGGUGCCGGAGAUUGAGCCGCGAUCCUUUGUCCGCGACGCCAGUGCGGCCCUCCUGGUAGUCUAUGGAGGGGAGGCUGUGACUGCCCCGGCGUUGGCGAUUCCACCGUCCUUUAUGCUCUCUGGAGUCGUCCCUGCCUUCUAUACCGCUGUCCAGGCCACCGUCGACAAGCUGCCAUGGGUCCCGACUCCGUCGUUCGAGCUCGAGGCACCACUCGCAGUCUUCGACGCCUUCAGCCGUACAUAUCUCCUCUGCAACCUCAUCCCGCCCAUGGUCCUCCAGCACACCUCCCCGACGAUCCAGGGAAACCCGUGGACGCUUCUCCUCACGUCUCUCUUCACCGCGAACGGCGGGUUCUUCCUCACGAACCUCCUCUCCUUCUUCCACCCGUACUCCCUCACGCUCACCACGCCCACCGAGUUCCUCCCCUACGGCUGGACUGCGACCGACCUCUGGUGUGCGCCGCUCGUCACCGGGCUCUACGCGUUCCUCACGCACGCCCAGCCGUUCUGGGCCGACGCGCACCACGUCGCGAGCGGCUGGCUCGGGACUUCUGGGGCGGAGAAGGUCGCUGCGGUCGACGCGGAGACGGCGCGCGCCGUGUGUGUGGUCGUCCUUGCGGGGUUGUUCACCAGCCGCGCGGUGAAGAACUUCGGUCCGGCGGCUGCGCAGCCGAAGUCGAAGACGCAGUGA